UCAUAUGUGCUUGAGUCAUUCACGUGACUAGCUAGGUAGGUGCAUUACUGCCAAGGCGCGGCUGACAUCUCGUCGAUUACGUGUGCAUGACUUCCAGGUUAAUGUGCGCGGGACAAGUUACAUUUUGUGCUAUGUAACAGCUCAGAGGACAAUGUCCGAAGACAUACCAUCAAUGGUGCAGCCGCAGUCGCAGACGCCGAGCAAUCAACCUCAACGAUUAGACACAAGACUGGUACUGACCCGGGACUGGCUGGCCGGCAGUCAUGGACAAAAUAAUUAUUCAGACAAUGUGAUUGAGGUUACGUCCUCGACGGCUUUGCAGAUGCACAGAAUCGUGGCUUCACCGCCCUUGCCUCCUGAGGACUACGACAUACAUGAACCCGAGUCAAAUGCUGAGCUUAUCGCGCUGCCAUUGUCAUCUACACACUCUGUGACAUCGGAUGAUUCGAAUCCAAGAUCAUUUGCUGCUCCCGACAAUUCGUUUCUGGAACUCUCGCCUCAGAUGGUACCUCUACCGGCAUCAAUCGUUUCGGAAUCAAGGACUUGUACGAAUGCUCCUUUCAGCCGACGCACAACGAACGCAUCUCUUAUCUCUGGUCAAAAUCCACGACCUGGGUUGUAUCAGGCGACCGUGGAGACUGUCACUGAUAGCGACGCAGCUGGUGGAGUUCAUAACUCCACAAGAGAUUCAAGACUGUCUUCAGUUUCAACGAACUCCUCUGGUCCAAGACAAGCAAUUCAUACAAUACCUGAAGUACAUAGAGCACCUCUUACCUAUGUGACUAGCACGUUCGAUCAACACAACCAAUCAGAACUCCAGGUCCCCUACCAGUCAUCAUCUGAUAGAUCGUACCAGCAAUUUGAUGACGGCACAGAGGUUGGACGUCGAACAGAAGAGCAUCGAUAUCCCCAAAGGGAUCCUAGGUAUGUGGAUCUAGUAAAGCCCCCUGGUUGGUACAGAGAUAGGAUACGAAUACUAGCAGAGGAGGCACCCAGACUCAGAACUCUUGUGUCAACUGUAUGCCGACACCAUAAGAACACAAAUCUAGCCGUAUUCGAUUAUGACAUCGAUGGGAACAGUAUUGCAGACCAGAACAGGGUCUCGGAUGAGAGACAUUGGGAUGGUAAUGCGGAGGCAUUCGCUGACGAAUUCAAAUUCGGUAUCCAAAGUGGGACAACCCGACGACUACUAUUUGUUCAAGAUCUGUCGCCCGGCAUGAUCGACUUAUUAGGUUCAACUUUUCAGAUUAAUCCCGAAUGCUUUUCGGAUCACCUCUAUCAAAGUGGCUACGGGGAUAGCCAAGUUGAUUCUCAAGCGUACUCUGAUUGGGAAAGUCUUCCGUCUAUCAAAGAUCACACGACUUUCGAAUGGUACCGUCCGGUACUACCGCUUUUCCCCAUCAAGAAAAGUUUCAGAGAUGCGUUACUAGACAAACACGCACCACUUGCGAAGUGUCAUCAUGCUGGAUGCGGAAAAACACACGCACUUGCAACGAAUUCGAAUAUUUGGCGUCGGCCGUGGAAGCUCAGUCCGUUUCCAACGACCUCUGGGUCAGCGGACGACAAAUCUCCCAUGGGAUGGUGUGAAAGAGUGACUGUAUGGACGAAAGUAUUUGGUGGAUGCUUGUUCAUAAUUAUACUAUUGGAUCCACUACCUCUCCUUGACCAAACAGUGCCCAAGAUUGGAGAAAGACGUAGGCCAGAGAUCGUGAAUCGUCGGACCAAUACGCCGGUUUCUAGGAGAAGGUACAAUGAAUCACAACGUCAGUCCGAAGAAAGUAAUGAAGGUUUCGCAUCUGGAAUUGAUGACACGGCCUCAAGUAGACAGAAUUUUGCGGCUCCAAAUAUCGUUCACCGGUCCGUUAAGCAUUAUCCGUUCGCUCCUUUCCAACAAAUGAUCGCUCGUGGGCCAUCUGCAGUAGCAGAUGAUCAUCUUCUAGCCACUACCGUGAUCGAUGAUAUUCGCAAGCCCAAGUCCACUUGGGUUGAGAGCUGCCAACUCUCAGUCGCUAAACACAUUGACCCAUUGACGUUUCUCUUCGGGGCAAUACACAGUGAUAUCGAUGGCGUAUUGAGGCUAGUUCGCUCGUCCAUUGACACAAUCAGAACGAGCCGACAGGAUCAAGCACUUGUUCAAGAAAACGUAUGGUAUUGGCGAGAGCUUCUCAACCAAUAUGAGGACAAGAUCGAGCGGAUGAAAGGUGGUCUUGAAGAGUUGAUUAGAUUCAUAUUCGUAGGUGCCGAAAGAUCGAAAGCCGACUUUGCAAGCCACAAACACUAUGUCCCUGAGCGCACUCGCGACCAUGUCGAAGCAACCAUUCAACGUCUGGACGAGGUUGGCCGAAUGGUGGCAGUUGCCCAAGACCAACUCCGUGUCGAAUUGCAAAUGAUCGAUAGCAGACGCAGCAUUGCAGAAGCAGAGAGCGUCUCCAAGCUCACCGAACUUGCAUUUAUAUUCAUCCCUGUCACUUUUGCUGCCAGCUUAUUCAGUAUGCAGAUAAAAGAGCUAGGAGAUGGAGUGCCGGUCUGGCAAUUUGUCCUUGUGGCAAUCUCGUUCGUUAUGCUCGCCUAUAUCGUGCGGCUGUCGAUCCGCUCCGAAUCCGUCGUUGAGUUCAAGAAGGAAUGCUUCGACCAAGCUCGUCGACAAGCUGGGCUCGCAGAAAACACACCAAUACCCACUCGUGCCAUGUUAAAAUGGGCACUCCCAAGACUAUUUACCACUCUACGCGCUUUGAGUAUCAAUUUGAUACGCCUUUCGUUCAUACUGACCGCCAUUUUUGCCGCCAUUGCCGCCAUUCUGUCACCCAUAAUCACCAUGUGGACACGCAGAAUGAAUCCUGGCUUCUCUGCUGUCAUCACAGUAAUUUUACUUCUGCUCGACGGUAUCGCCCUGUGGCCUGUAGUAUCUGUGUUGACAAAUCUCGAUGACUUCAAGAACGAACUAAAAACGUGGCGUGCGUCACAGGAUGUAAGAUACUGGAAGACAAAGAGGCAAAGGCAGGACGAGGAAGGUGUCAUUGGAGAGCCCAGAAGACACCCCCAAAGUGCCUUUACAUAUAGGCAGGAAACUGGGGUCGAAAUGGUCCAGCGGGUUCGGCGUUGAAGAUCAAUCUCGCUCUCAUUCAUCGUCCCAUACAUCCUAACCAUGUCACGAGCCUGAAAUGAAAGAUACUAUAUGCCUGCUCAAUCGACGGGGAGGUACGAUUCCUCGACCUUAAGGAAACUCAUCUCACUUCUCACUCCAACCGCGCACUUUCCACGGAUCUCAGGACACUUAUCGAUCCAAAUACGCCUCCAAGAUCGUCACUCUCUACUUCUGUCCCCAUGAUGAUGCGGAGGAAAAUGUAUCCGACCUAAAUGCCACUCGUUCAGCCCAACAAUAAGCGAAACUCAUGCUAAACGCUGAAACCGACAAUUACCAGAUGGAGUAAUCUGAAACACACACAAGCAACCCUCCUUCUCUGCAAGCGAGCACAUAUCGGUAUAAUCUGUGUGCACAGGUGAAUGCGAAACAUGUGUGGCUGACACGGAGUCUGCCCAUCCACUCGUUACAAGUCGUCAGUCUUUUAUCUUAGGCCUGGAC